ACAACACAGAAAAAGACAAGGUCCAGUUUCGGAUCAAGAGGACACAAAUAAGAGGGAUUUUUAAACACUUUUAAAAAAAUCGAGUCUUUCCGUGGAGUUCUUGGGGUAUUCGUCGUUGCGCUCCUGCCGCGCGCGUCUUGUUCGUAUUCCUGCGUGAUCGUUUGAAACCAGGAGCGCCACGAGCUUUCAGCUGGGAUAUAACGGGGAGUAAAUCCACCUCAACCCCCGAACAGUGCGGACACGUUUAAAUAUCAGCGCGCAGCAGGUUUUUGGACCCCCCCCCCCCCCCCCCCACCCCCCUCCAAAAACUCAACCCCCCAAAAAACAGUUUGUUGACUUGGGGUCGCCUUAUGAUGACUCGCACGCGGCGGUCGUGCUGACCCUUCUUACGUCUCCCCUCACCUCAAUGAUGACGAUGAGCUCGAUAUCAGACACUUUGGUCCCGCCUGAUCCGUCCAAAUCUGCGUUUUUGGAGUUCGGCGGCCACGGCUACCCAGGGCACCCCGGACACCAGCAGCCCUCACCCGGCUUGUCCCACAGCCAUUACUCGGUGCACGGCCUGCACGCCGUCGGGCCCUCGCAGCACGAAAGCCCUUUUUCUCCCGGCGCGUCCUCGUACGGUCGCCCGCUGGGGUACCCGCCGUACCACACCUCCGUGGGCGCGCCGCACCCCGGAGCCUACCUGCCCUACCAGCACGGGGGUCACGGCGGCGCGCUUGGACACACGAGACUGGAGGAUGCUGAUCAUGAAAAACCCACAGCGAUGAUCGAGAACGGUGAGGUCCGUCUCAACGGGAAGGGCAAGAAGAUCAGGAAGCCACGCACCAUCUACUCCAGCCUGCAGCUUCAGGCACUCAACCAGCGCUUCCAGCAAACCCAGUACCUCGCUCUGCCAGAGAGGGCGGACCUGGCGGCCAAACUGGGCCUGACGCAGACCCAGGUGAAAAUAUGGUUCCAGAAUAAACGAUCCAAAUACAAGAAGAUUAUGAAGAAUGGGCCCUGUGGACCUGAGGGAGAUCACCUUGUUCCACCGGCGCCGUCCGCUUCCUCUCCUUGCUCACUGUGGGACAUCAGCAUGGCUGCCAAAGGUGCACCAGUACAUUCUGGAGGAUACAUGAACAAUUUUGGACACUGGUACCCUGGACACCAGCAGGACUCCAUGCCAAGGACUCAGAUGAUGUGAAAAGACAGAAGCAGGAGAAAACACUUCCAGGAUAAAUUGUGGAUUUAUUCCACAACCGGAGUGGAACUGUUAGGGAUGCAGACAUUAUUGAGAGGCUGAGCCACUCUGGAGGCAAAAAUAAAAUGAUGGCUGUAAAUAUACUACAUUCGCCUCAGCUUGAAAACAAAUGCAUAAAGAAAACAACUGGAAGUUGAAUAGCAUCCUUUCAGAAUUUAACAUGAAAUAUUUUUUUAAUUUUAUGAAACAAAUUCAGAAAGUGUGUAGUGUACCUCCACCAUAGCUUCACAGUUCUUUGGCUGUUCUUAUCUAAAGUGUUUUGGGGUGGUGAUGUUUUUCCAAAGCAUCAAGAACAUAGGAGUCAGUAGGAGUAGAAAAACAUUACCAUACUGUGACAAAUGUAAAACAGUUGGAAAUACACCUGAAAAAAAAAAAAUCAGGUCAUCACAUAGUCAGGGUGUAGAACUUUGCAUAACAAUCCCCAACAAUAAGAGGUGCCAUAUAUCAGCGAAAUGAGUGUGUUCCCAGGACUGUAGCGACCCACCCCUCUAAUUGUCUAUGGCAAAAGUUGCUGGUGAGUGUUGUUGUUCUCACCGAAUACAUUGCAAACUGGUUAACUGUUUAUUAUUGCCAUAGAAACAAAAUGCAUAUGCAGUGUUUUUGUUUUUUUUUGUUUUUUAAUGAAAAUGCUGGAAUGAAGAACUCUGCAGCAUCAUGACAAUGCUUCUCUGCCAGGAUACAAAGCUAUAUAAGCACAAGACCUGUACACUGAUGAGAAAUUAUGAUUGGGACUUUAUGCUCAUGGUAAUGCAUUCUGCAGUCAUCAAACAACUCUCAAGCAGUCAAGAAAUAUAGUAGGACAAAGUGUAAUGUUGGAAGACAGUGAACCCAAAAAGACCCAAAAAGUCAGAAAACCUUAUCAUGGUUAAAAAAAAAAAAAGCAGCACUUCUAAGAGAGAAUGACAGUUGAGUGUGUCAGUGAAUGGUUGUGAAAACUCAAAGCCACACUGCUCUGUGUACACAUGAUUCUGUCGGAUGCCAGAAGUGAAUCAAAGUAGGCCUUGAUUAGUACUUGGCUGAGAGACCACUUGGAAACACCAGAGGGUGUGUGUGUGUGUGUGUGUGUGUGUGUGUGUGUGUGUGUGUGUGUGUGUGUGUGUGUGUGUGUGUGUGUGUGUGUG